AUGGGGCUCAGUGAUGGGGAGUGGCAGCUGGUGCUGAAUGCCUGGGGGAAGGUGGAGGCUGACCUUGCCGGCCAUGGACAGGCUGUGCUCAUCGGGCUGUUUAAGGCUCACCCUGAGACCCUGGAUAAGUUUGAAAAGUUCAAGAACCUGAAGUCCGAGGAUGAUAUGAAGGGCUCAGAGGACCUGAAGAAGCAUGGCUGCACCGUGCUCACAGCCCUGGGUGGCAUCCUGAAAAAGAAGGGACAGCAUGCUGCAGAGAUCCAGCCUCUGGCCCAGUCACACGCCACCAAGCACAAGAUCCCCAUCAAGUACCUGGAGUUCAUCUCGGAAGUCAUCAUCGACGUCCUGAAGACCAAACAUUCCGACUUCGGAUCAGACGCUCAGGGCGCCUUGAGGAAAGCCCUGGAGCUGUUCCGGAAUGACAUUGCCGCCAAGUACAAGGAGCUGGGCUUCCAGGGAUAA